GGGCAGCCGCCAUUUUCAAAUCCCCGGAUGAUGGCGGUAGCCGCUCUCUGCUAGAAGGCAACUUGCUGCCUCGCAGAAGCUGGCGGGCACCGUGCCCGCCACGGACGGUCUCCUGGGCACUGGGCCACCGCCCCACCCCCCCUCUCCGGACAUGGAGCCAGAGCCGGCGGCUCAGAAGCAGCCCCGGCCGCGGAGGAGAAGCCGCAGGGCCUCAGUGCUCAGCGAGGAACGAGCCGCGGGGCUUCCGGCCGACACACCCGGGCCGGCGGCGAAUGAGAGAUGCUCCCUUCGGAGAGGCAGCUCCUUCACAUUUCUAACCCCUGGCCCACACUGGGACUUCACACUGAAGAGAAAACGAAGAGACAAAGAUGAUGAUGUUGUCAGCCUUAGCAGCCUUGAUUUGAAGGAGCCAAGCAAUAAAAGAGUUCGGCCUCUAGCCCGGGUCACAUCCUUGGCAAACUUAAUCUCUCCUGUAAGAAAUGGAGCAGUCAGGCGCUUUGGUCAAACCAUACAGUCGUUUACCCUUCGUGGUGACCACAGAUCCCCAGCCUCUGCCCAGAAGCCAUUCAGCAGGUCCACUGUCCCCACGCCCACCAAGAGAAGAAGCAGUGCAUUAUGGUCGGAGAUGCUAGACAUCAGUAUGAAGGAGUCCUUGACCACUCGAGAGAUCAAACGUCAAGAGGCAAUAUAUGAAUUGUCCCGAGGAGAACAGGACUUAAUUGAGGACCUCAAGCUCGCUAGAAAGGCCUACCAUGACCCCAUGUUAAAGCUGUCCAUCAUGUCGGAAGAGGAGCUCACGCAUAUAUUUGGAGACUUGGAUGCUUACAUACCUCUGCAUGAAGAUCUGUUAGCAAGAAUAGGCGAAGCAACCAAGCCUGAUGGGACUGUGGAGCAGAUCGGUCACAUUCUCGUGAACUGGUUACCAGGCCUGAAUGCCUACAGAGGCUACUGUAGUAACCAGCUGGCGGCCAAGGCUCUUCUGGAUCAGAAGAAACAAGAUCCAAGAGUCCAAGACUUCCUCCAGCGCUGUCUGGAAUCUCCUUUCAGUCGAAAACUAGAUCUUUGGAGUUUCCUAGAUAUCCCUCGAAGUCGUCUUGUCAAGUACCCCUUACUGUUAAAGGAAAUCCUUAGACACACUCCCAAAGACCACCUUGAUGUUCAGCUUCUGGAGGAAGCAAUAUUGAUAAUACAAGGAGUUCUUUCUGAUAUCAACUUGAAGAAAGGUGAAUCUGAGUGUCAGUAUUACAUCGACAAGCUGGAGUACCUGGACGAGAAGCAGAAGGACCCCAGGAUUGAAGCGAGCAAGGUGUUGCUGUGCCAUGGGGAGCUGAAGAAUAAAAGUGGCCAUAAACUAUACAUUUUCUUAUUUCAAGACAUCUUGGUUUUGACUCGGCCUGUCACCCGAAAUGAACGCCACUCCUACCAGGUUUACCGGCAGCCCAUCCCAGUCCAGGAGCUGGUGCUGGAGGACCUGCAGGACGGGGAUGUGCGCAUGGGUGGCUCCUUCCGAGGAGCCUUCGGCAACUCAGACAAAGCUAAAAAUAUCUUUAGAGUCCGCUUCCAAGACCCUUCUCCAGGCCAGUCCCACACACUGCAAGCCAAUGACGUCUUCCAUAAGCAGCAGUGGUUCAACUGUAUUCGCUCAGCCAUUGCCCCUUUCCAGCGGGCCGCCAGCCCCCUAGAGCUUCAGGGCUUGCCAGACCUGCACGAAGAGUGUGAAGAGAACAACCCUUCUGCUGGGAAUCUCAGAGCCCAGCGACGGUCAUGCGUGGUUCCUGGUGUCAUGCAGGUAGACACAGAAAGCUCGCUGGAGUGUAGCUCCAGUGUACAGACAGGGGAAGACACCAGGAACGGGAAGACACAGCGGCCCCAGCCUGGCUUACGAAGAGCAAGGGACAAAGUGCAGUCAGGUGGCAAAAAGAAAGAGACUUUGGUAUAAAGUGUGUAUUCCCUGGUGGGGAGCUGUUUAUUUAUAAAUGUGUACAGUUUCUUCUUGUAACAGGAGCAUCAAGGGUUACUCUGUACCAGAUGUAAUAUGUCCAUGGUUUGGGUCUCUCUCUCUCAUCCUCUCCCUCUCUCCCCCCUUGUCAUUGUUGUUGUCAUUGUCAUCAUUGUUGUUGUUGUUGUUAAUGGCAGCUAAAGAUACACAGAUUACUGUUAAUUGAAGACUUUAAAAAGGUGUUUUCAUGGAUUGUUUGGAACAUGCCAACCUGGUAUUUUUUACCAGAAGAAAUAUCUGUGGAGCCAGUGUUGUCCUCACACUGGGUUCACCAUGACUUGGCAGCACUGACCAAAUGUCAGUGUUUACCAAGCCUAAAGGUUUGCUAAUGCUGAAACUCCAUCAGUGUUCCUUGUUAAAUCCCAGAUGACACCUGCAAUCUAUAGAAAUAUUUUAUAUUUCCAGUGAGGCCCCACUUUUUUGGAGAACAAGCAUGCAGCUUGGUGUCUUUCCCUUUGUCUCAACUGGAACGAGCGAGCAAACGCACGCACGCCGUGUCAGUCUCGCUGCACCGCUCUCCUCCAUUCAGUUAUUCUGCCAACUAUUUAAUUUUUUUUUAUUGUAAAGUAGUUUUUAGUAUUUGCUUUUAUUUUUUUACGUUGAUGCCUUUUAAAUUGGCAUGUCCUUGAAGUUUUUCCUCCUAAUUGUGUGUGUGUGUGUGUGUGUGUGUGUGUGUGUGUGUGUGUGAAUCAUAUUAAUUUUAUCAAGUGAAACCAAGCCAUAUUAUUUGAGCCAAUUAAGAAAACGGCAGUUUUUACAGUGUAUCAUGUCAGGGUGGUAAAGUCCCAUGAAAUGACUUAGUUUAUUCUAGACUACUGAAAGGAACCACAGGAAGACUUGGGUGGAAGUUUUUGUGUUGUCUGAAAGGCAAGAGAGAAGGCAGGAGACUGGGAUAGUAAAGGGAAAGGAAGAGUAGCUUGUCUAAAGUAAAUUGUCCGGCUGAGCCAGAGGAGCAGAGAUUGGAGCAGCUGAGCUGAGGGUACGUAGGAAGUUGUAGAGGGCCUGAGGGGAUGUGAACUGUGUUUGCUUUGGUUUCUUAUACCUGCAAAUGCUACAUUUAAAAGGAAGCUGUGCAGUGUUUUGGAAAUUUGACCAUAUUAGGUGAAUUCUGGUUGGUUUUCUUCAUUUAUAAAAACUCAUGAUUCUUCACUGUAAAAUGUUUGUGUUAAAAAUGGGGUCAUGCUCUUUAAAGGGGGGGAGGGAGAAAGACAGAGCCCCCAUGUCAGCCCAGGGUCAUACUGGUGAUCAGUUCAAGUCAUUGUUAACCAUUAUGUGAAAUAUAUCUCCAGUGGAAAUGGAAAUUGGAAAAGGCUGUAAAUAGAUCAAUCAAAUGAUUUCUUUGUAUAAAUGAAUUAUACAAUUAAAAAAAAAAAGCACACACAUAAUAAUCCAGAACACUUCUCUCCUGGUGGUUAUUUCGGGGUCCAUCUACUGGGACAUGGGGGCUUAACUAAACCUUUAAUGGUUAAGGAAAUUCCAAAUAAUUUACCCUUUUGAGAUGUUUCUUGAUGAGUAAGAAAAUUCCAUAGUUUAAUUCUUAUGAGUCAUGUGAUCUUUUAAGAACAUGGUGUAAUCAGAAGUCAUCGUUGUAUUGCAGACAGCUGACCAUAUGGCUGUCUUCUGGAUGCAGCAGUAAAGCAAAUAGCAAACAUCUUCACUAACAUGGUUAAACCAGAUUCUGAGGUAGGUAUCGCAGCCUCCUCACUUUGGAAAUUCAAAUUCAGAAGUGUGCUCUGUCCAGUGUUGUGGUCUGCAACACCGGAAAGCAAGACAGUGGUUCUGUCUAGGGUUAUCACGUGGAGUUUAUUUUCUCUCAGAGUGGCUUUGUUCAGCUUCCAGAGUUACAGGAUCAAGUGGUUCAGAUAUGGUGAUGGAAUGAUGUUUGAUCUAAAGGCAUCUUGCUUGGUUUCUCUCGGGAGAAAAUGAGCAGUCUUGA